AUGACUUUAAUGCCCCUAGGGUUUUAUGGUUAUAUCAAAAUUGCAACAAUAUUAAAAGCAGCUCCCUCCUUCUUUAUCAGCAGUCUAGCGGGAAAUUUCAGCAGCCGUAAAAGCUUUCGACAACAGCGGCGACUUCGCAAGUCUCUCCGAGCUAUGGCUGAUUCUCGAAGAGUUGGCCCAAAUACCGACUUCAGUCAAGGCACUCAAGGGAGUAGCCAAUACCGCAGGUCCAGUUAUCCGAGGAAUGAAAGAGGGCGUCGUUCAUGGACUGACCGCGAAGAAGCGGUCCUCAUCUCUGCAUUGAAGGAGUUGGUGGCGCUUGGAUGGAAAUCGGACAAUGGGUUCCGAGGUGGCUACUUGAACAAGAUUGAAGAAUUGAUGCAAAAGGAGUUCCCGAGAACUGAUAUAAAAGGUAAUCCACAUAUUCAAUCUAAGCUAACCUCGUUGAAAAGGAACUACAACCUGCUGUCAAACAUCCUGGACCGGAGUGGAGUUGGUUUCAAUGUGCACGGAGAUUUCAAGAUUGACUGCUCUGAUGAUCAAUGGGAUCAAAUCGUCAAGCAAGACAAAGAGGCUCGCCAAAUGCGCACAAAGUCUUGGCCAUUCUGGGAUGACUGGAAGGUUAUCUUCGGGAAAGAUAGGGCAACUGGACAAAAUGCCGAAGGAGUAGCCGAGGCAGCGAAGAAUAGCUCUCCAGAUGAGCCUGUGACUGAAAUCGGUGAGAGUACUGCUGAUUACCACCCAAGCUUCGACGAUUUCAUCGGUUACGAGCAAGUUCAUGCAACGUUUGGGAACAAUGUCGUGGAUGAUAGUAGUGCGCACAGCGGACAGAACACAAACGGUCCCCCACCGGCUCCUCCGAAGCAUAAGCGCAAACGCAAAGUUAGCGAUGACGAAUCUGGUAUCGUCGAAAUGCUAGGAAAGAUGCACUCUGAGACGAACGCGCGUUUGGACACUCUGGCAGCGCGGAUUGGCUACGAAAUGGAUCUCGGGAAAGCAAGAAAAGAAAUAUUUCGUCAUCUGUGCGACAUACCUGAACUGACUGAGAUCGAAAGGUACGAUCUUUGCGAUAUAAUUGGCAAGGAGAACUCUAGACUUGAGAUUUUCACAGGUCUUUCUGACGGUUCGAAGCCCGGAUACGUUAAGCGGGUCCUGGAAAAGGAGAGUCGCACCUAGUCAGGCUUAAGCGCAGAUUGUGCCUGCAUCGCGACCAUCAACUAUACUCAAUUAUGUAGGACCUAAAAUAUGAUAGAGUUUUGUAUUAUAAAAUCUACUGACUGUUUUUGUGUAGUAUUUGAAGAUGGUUGUCUUUUGGUUUGUACUUAAGCAGGCGCAUUAUGGUUUAUUAUAACUGAACCUU